UUGUGAGGUCAGGGCCGGCGGCGAGGCGGGAGGCCGGGGGCCGAGACGCCCGGAGCGGCCGCCGCGGCCCCUUCGCCGGCCGCCCGUCCGGACCCAGCCGGGGGUGAGGGAUGCCGCGCCCGGCCGAGGGCUGAGCGUCCACCUGGCCGCCGCACCCCCGGAGCCAAGACCGCUGCCCGGUGCGUGAGAGGCGGAGCCCGGCAGAGCAUGGAGAUGGGGAACCAGCACCCCUCCCUCAGCCGGCUGCAGGAGAUCCAGAAGGAGGUCAAGAGCGUGGAGCCGCAGGUGCUGGGCUUCAGCGGCCUGCUGGACGACAAGAACUACCGCCGGCUGGAGCGCCUGCUCACCAGGCAGCUCUUCGAGAUCGACUCGGUGGACACGGAGGGCAAGGGGGACCUGCAGCAGGCCAGGAAGAGAGCGGCCCAGGAGACGGAGCGGCUGCUCAGGGAGCUGGAGCAGAACGCCACCCACCCGCGCCGGCUGGAGAUCCACAAUAUCUUCCAAGAGGCGCAGGCCCUGGCGCGGGACAGGAUCGUGCCCUUCUACAGCGGGGCCGGCAGCGUGCCCGACGAGCUGGAGGAGAGCCUGCAGGACGUGGUGCUGAGGCUGACCCACGUCAAGACGGGCGGCAAGGUGUCCCUGCGCAAGGCCCGGCACCGCGCGCUCAGCAGGAUCUGCGCCGUGCAGGAGAUGGUGGAGGACUGCCUGCGCAAGCAGCCCUCGCUGCCGCUGUCGGAGGACGCGCACCCGUCCGUGGCCAAGGUCAACGCCGUGAUGUGCGCCGCCAACAAGGCCCGCGGCACCGUGAUCGCGCUGCUCAUGGGCGUGUGCAGCGACGAGACUUGCCGGCACCUGUCGUGCGUGCUGUCGGGGCUGGUGGCCGACCUGGACGCCCUGGACGUGUGCGGGCACCCCGACAUCAGGAACUACCGCAGGGAGGUGGUGGAGGACAUCAACAAGCUGCUCAAGUACCUGGACUUGGAGGAGGAGGCCGACUCGACCCACGCCUUCGACCUGGGGCAGAACAAUUCCAUCGUCAAGAUCGAGACGGUGCUCAAGAGGAUGCGGGAGGUCAAAAAGGAGCUGCUGCAGGCGCAGAACCCGGCCGAGCUCUACCUGGGCUCCAAGACGGAGCUGCAGGGCCUGAUCGGGCAGCUGGACGAGGUGAGCCUGGAGAAGAACCCCUGUAUCCGGGAGGCCCGGCGGAGGGCGGUGAUCGAGGUGCAGACGCUCAUCACCUACAUCGACCUCAGGGAGGCCCUGGAGAAGAGGAAGACGUUUGAGGGUGAGGAGCACCCAUCGCACGCCGCCGUCUGGAGCGUCCUGGGCAGCCUGUCGGAGAUCCAGGGCGAGGUGCUGUCCUUUGACGGGAACCGGUCCGACAAGAACUACAUCCGGCUGGAGGAGCUGCUCACCAAACAGCUGCUGGCCCUGGACGCCGUGGACCCGCAGGGCGAGGAGCGCUGUAAGGCCGCCCGCAAGCAGGCGGUGAAGCUGGCCCAGAACAUCCUCAACUACCUGGACCUCAAGUCUGACGAGUGGGAGUACUAGCCGUGGCAGCCCACGCACAGUGCCUGCCGGCUGCGUCCAGGUGUCUGUGCAGAGCGUGUGGCUUGUGGAGCCCAAACGUGAUUUGUGCGUGCAUAUUUCAAUCUCAGUAUUUAUGAUUUGAGCAAAUUAUAUUCAGUACCUCUGCUGCCUUUGAUGUCACAAAA